AUGGCUUCUUCAAGCAAUGCCGGACGCAGCAUGGAGAUGGACAUCGUCGAGGAACAACUCCAGGUUCCCGUGGUCUGCAUUGGGCAUUUCACUAUUCCCCUUUCCGCGGAUGGGGUUCCCAGCCUGAACGUGCCACAAAUAAUGGCACCCUUGAGCGUCCCCCUACCUUUCUCGGUCGGGACAACCUUCACUGAGCCUUCUAUCGUCCCCUCGACGACAGGCCAGAGCCAGUUCGACAACCUGGUGCAGUCCAUGAGGGCCAUGAAAGCCCAAAUGCACCAGUUUCAGCAAUUUAAGCUCUACCAGCAGCAGAACCAUCGCCGCCAGCCUCAGGGGUCCACCUCCUCCUCGUCCUCCGGGGAGUCAGGCUCUUCCUCCUUUGCCUGGUCUGCCGUCUCGGGAGACGGGCCCUUCAUGGUGAUGCUGUCGAGGUUGAGCCCAGAAAAUUUCUUUUGGACCAACCAUCGGCAGAGCUUGAAUCUGGAGCGGUACGAGUUCGAGCCAUACUCCACUUGGAGGGAAAGAAGGGAGAGAGAGAGAGCAGUGACCCUGACGCCGCUGCCACGGACGCUGAAUCAUGAGGUGGAGCAGGCGUCGCCAGUGGUUGCUGUGCGCGUCGGUCUGGGAGCGGAACUCUCAGGUAAAUCGAUGCACCGUCUCUCUCUUCGCUCAGGGUCUCUAAAAGGUAGAUGCCGCACCGAAGCUUUGCGACAAGUUCGCCUGAACCAAUCCCCUGCAUCCCCGAAAGCUCCGCCUCGUGGUCGAACUGUACGCGAAGCCACGGAUCAAGUCCUGGCUGUCGCGGCCAAAGGGCGAACUCGAUGGAGCAAGGCCAUUCUCACCGGCUGACUGAAUUUAUCGGCGUUGUGGCGAAGAGUGCGCGUCCUCGAACGAUCAGUUCCCAGUUGCCGAAAUCUCUCGUUUCCAGAACUUCUAGAAGUAGCAAUGGAUUAUAUUGCUACGUUGGAAAUGCAGGUUCACCCAGCUUCUCUCUGUCGUUGGCAAUGAUGCCGUGACUAGCUCGAAUCGGGCCCCGCCGAACUGAAUUGGCUCUUUUUCCCCUAAUGUUUCUUGAAUUUUAAAUUCAUGUAUUUUAUUGUAUACAAGUUCUCUUUUGCUUUUGGUUA